UUCAGGUACGUUCAGUUGCUGACUGUCAUCGGUCAGUGCUGGGUGCCGGGAUCGGUUUCGUUUGAAUCGGUGAAAAGUGACAGAACAAAAAAAUCCAAUAUGUUUGCCAAACGGUGCUCGUGGAUAGUUCUGCUGGCCUUUGUCUGCAUGACUCGAGGUCAGAGCCUCUUUGAGUUGUCCAUCGUUCACAUCAACGACUUUCACGCACGCUUCGAGGAAGUCAACACGGCUAGUGUGACCUGUAAUCCGGAAAAAGGAGACGUUUGCGUGGGCGGCUAUGCAAGGACGAUGACGGUGUUGAAGAAGUUGCUUGCAGAAAGAACGAAUCCGAUUUAUUUGAAUGCGGGAGAUAACUUCCAAGGCACCUUGUGGUAUAAUAUUCACCGAUGGAACGCAACGGUGGAGUUUCUGAAUAUGCUACCAGCGGACGCGAUGACGAUCGGUAAUCACGAGUUCGAUCACGGGGUGGAAGGAGUGGUUCCCUUUUUGGAGCACAUCAAUUCCCCCGUCCUGUUGGUCAAUGUGGAUAGCAGCAAAGAGCCAGAGUUUAAGAACUUUAAAAAAUCGAUGAUCAUCGAACGUAGCGGUCGGAAGAUUGGGCUGAUCGGAGUCAUCCUUCAGACGACGUACGAUAUUGCCAAUACGGGUAAUCUGAUUUUCGCUGACGAGUCGGAAACCGUGCGAGAGGAAGCGGAGCUGUUGAAACAGCAGGGUGCCAACAUCAUUGUGGUGAUUUCACACUGCGGUUUGGAUGUGGAUAUGAUUAUCGCGGAAAAAGCUGGCUCCGAUAUUGAUAUUAUCGUUGGCGGUCAUUCGCAUACGUUCUUGUACACUGGCGAUCACCCGACGAUUCCGGGCACGGCGCAGGGGGAAUACCCAACGGUCGUUACGCAGUCCGGUGGGCACAAGGUGCUAAUCGUGCAAGCCGCUGCCUAUACCAAGUUUGUGGGCGACAUUGUGCUGUUCUUCGACGAGGCGGGAAUCAUUCAACGCUGGGAAGGCAAUCCGGUUUACUUGGGAGCCGAUGUGGUGCAAGACCCGGAGGUCGUGCAAGCCUUGAUCCCGUGGAAAUAUGCCGUUGAAGAGCAGGGCAGCCGCAAAGUUGGAUCCUCCGUCGUUGAUCUGCUCAAAUCGAACUGCAAUGUGGCCGAGUGCAACCUGGGAAGCUUGCUUGCCGAUUCGAUGGUUGCGGCUUUCAUCCCGUUGGCCGAUCCGGGUCACUGGACGUACGGUGCGAUUGCCGUGCUGGCCGUUGGAGGCAUCCGUGUGAGCAUGUUCAAAGGAGCCAUCAACUAUGGUAGCCUGAUGGAGGUGAUCCCGUUCGAAAAUGCACUGGUUUGCGUGGAGCUACGGGGUGACUAUCUGCUUGGUGUGCUGGAGUAUUCGGUGGAAAAAUCCUGGGACGAAGAUAAAUUCAACGGUGCCAACAUGCUGCAGGUAGCUGGUCUUAGGGUGGAAUACAACGUCACUAAGCCCAUCGGCGAACGGGUCCUAUCGGCCGAAGUACGCUGCUAUGAUUGUAUGGUUCCUUCGUACAGCCCAUUGAAACCGUUGAAGUAUUACCGUGUGAUCACUAAUUCCUUCUUGAUUGAUGGAGGCGAUGGGUUUCACAUAUUUCCGCAGCAUGGUCGCAACAAGCGGUUCGGACCAAUCGACAGUGUGGCGUUUGAAGAUUAUGUCAAAAAGCGCUCUCCGGUGAUACAGGGAAUUGACGGCAGGAUAAAGGUUUACACGUAGAUAAGACAAUUGUAAAUUGUUGGCGACCAUUCGGCGGUAGUCCGGUGACGAGUCGGGAAGACAAUCUAUCGAAUGUAGUGAUAAGAGCGUAUGUGUAUUUAUCGGGAAGGACGGAAAUAAAAAAAUGCUGAUUUUAAGCUUGAGUGACAAUGAA